AAACGAGUGUGAAGAAAAUGCUGUUCAACAAAUGCCUGGAAAAGUUGUCCAGCUCGCUGGGCAGUGUGGUCAAUCACAAGCUGCAGGAGAAACAAGUCUACAACAAUAACAAUAUCAACAAUAACAAUAACAACACGCUAAACAACAACAAUGCGUACAACAACCAGCGAAACUUUGAGUACGAAAGAGCCAUACAGGCGCACUACGGAAGCAAGGGAAGACGCUCGGAGGAGCGCGAGAGGAGCGGCAAGUUCAAGGCCAGCAAGGGUCGGAAAGCAAAGGUCACCCCACCAACGGAGACACCCGAGGCCCAGGAGCCGGCCUGCAAGAACUGUAUGACCCACGACGAGCUGGCCCAGAUCAUAAAGGGCGUGGCCAAGGGCGCUGACGCGCAGAGUAAUCGAGACAACCGACUGCAGCGCAGACGUCGUCCUCUCUCCGCCCAACCCUCCGCCUCCGCCUCCACGUCGACGGAAUCGCUGCACCGGCUCACACCCAGUCCGCAGGCCUCCUACCCGGCCACGCCCACCUCCUGGACAGCCACCCCGCCCCAGUUCCCAGCCGCCUUCGGCGGCGCCAGCUGCUCCAACAGCACGCUGUCCCUCUUGGCCACCAUGCGCGUCCAGCUCCAUGGUUACACAUGGUUUCAUGGCAAUCUUUCCGGAAAGGAAGCGGAAAAAUUGAUCCUGGAGCGGGGCAAGAAUGGUUCGUUUCUCGUCCGUGAAUCUCAGAGCAAGCCUGGCGACUUCGUCCUUUCCGUGCGCACGGACGACAAAGUAACGCAUGUCAUGAUUCGAUGGCAGGACAAGAAGUACGACGUCGGCGGCGGGGAAUCCUUUGGCACCUUGUCGGAACUGAUCGAUCACUACAAGCGUAAUCCCAUGGUGGAGACGUGCGGAACCGUGGUGCAUCUGCGACAGCCGUUCAACGCCACGCGAAUCACGGCGGCUGGCAUCAAUGCCCGGGUGGAACAGCUGGUCAAGGGAGGUUUCUGGGAGGAGUUCGAAUCACUGCAGCAGGACAGUCGGGACACUUUCUCGCGCAACGAGGGCUACAAACAGGAGAACCGCCUCAAGAAUCGCUACCGCAACAUAUUGCCAUACGACCACACGCGCGUCAAGCUGCUGGACGUGGAGCACAGCGUGGCCGGAGCCGAGUACAUCAAUGCCAACUACAUACGGCUGCCCACCGACGGCGACCUGUACAACAUGAGCAGCUCGUCGGAGAGCCUGAACAGCUCGGUGCCCUCGUGCCCCGCCUGCACGGCUGCCCAGACACAGCGGAACUGCUCCAACUGCCAGCUGAUGAACAAGACGUGCGUGCAGUGCGCCGUGAAGAGCGCCAUUCUGCCGUAUAGCAACUGUGCCACCUGCAGCCGCAAGUCGGACUCCCUGAGCAAGCACAAGCGCAGCGAAUCCUCGGCCUCUUCAUCGCCCUCCUCCGGCUCUGGGUCCGGACCAGGAUCGUCGGGCACCAGCGGAGUGAGCAGCGUCAAUGGACCCGGCACACCCACCAAUCUCACGAGCGGCACAGCCGGAUGUCUGGCCGGCCUGCUAAAGAGACACUCGAACGACUCGUCCGGGGCUGUCUCUAUAUCGAUGGCCGAGCGGGAACGCGAGAGGGAGCGCGAGAUGUUUAAGACCUACAUCGCCACCCAGGGCUGCCUGCUCACCCAGCAAGUGAACACCGUAACGGACUUUUGGAACAUGGUCUGGCAGGAGAACACGCGAGUGAUCGUCAUGACCACCAAGGAAUACGAGCGCGGCAAAGAAAAAUGCGCCCGCUACUGGCCGGACGAGGGUAGAUCGGAGCAGUUCGGCCACGCGCGGAUACAGUGCGUCUCGGAGAACUCGACCAGUGACUACACGCUGCGCGAGUUCCUCGUCUCGUGGCGGGAUCAGCCGGCGCGCCGGAUCUUUCACUACCAUUUCCAGGUGUGGCCGGAUCACGGAGUGCCCGCCGAUCCGGGCUGUGUGCUCAACUUCCUGCAAGAUGUCAACACGCGUCAGAGUCACCUGGCUCAAGCGGGCGAGAAGCCGGGUCCGAUCUGCGUGCACUGCUCUGCGGGCAUCGGACGCACUGGCACCUUCAUUGUGAUCGAUAUGAUUCUCGAUCAGAUUGUGCGCAAUGGAUUGGAUACCGAAAUCGACAUCCAGCGCACCAUUCAGAUGGUCCGAUCGCAGCGUUCCGGUCUUGUGCAAACCGAGGCGCAAUACAAGUUCGUCUACUACGCGGUGCAGCACUACAUACAGACCCUGAUUGCCCGGAAACGAGCUGAGGAGCAGAGCCUGCAGGUUGGCCGCGAGUACACCAAUAUAAAGUACACGGGCGAAAUUGGCAACGAUUCACAAAGAUCUCCAUUACCACCAGCAAUUUCUAGCAUAAGUUUAGUUCCGAGUAAGACGCCACUGACGCCGACAUCGGCGGACUUGGGCACUGGGAUGGGCCUAAGCAUGGGCGUGGGCAUGGGCGUCGGCAACAAGCACGCAUCGAAGCAGCAGCCGCCGUUGCCGGUGGUCAACUGCAACAAUAAUAACAACGGCAUCGGCAAUAGCAGCUGCAGCAACGGCGGCGGGAGCAGCAAUACCAGCAGCAGCAACGGCAGCAGCAACGGCAACAUCAACGCCCUGCUGGGCGGCAUCGGCUUGGGGCUGGGCGGCAAUAUGCGCAAGUCGAACUUUUACAGCGACUCGCUGAAGCAGCAACAGCAGCGCGAGGAGCAGGCUCCGGCGGGAGCAGGUAAGAUGCAGCAGCCGGCGCCGCCGCUGCGGCCGCGUCCUGGCAUACUCAAGUUGCUCACCAGUCCCGUCAUCUUUCAGCAAAAUUCAAAAACAUUCCCAAAGACAUGAUCGGCUUGCGACCGCCGAGCCAUGCGCCUGCGUUGCCGCCGCCACCGACACCGCCGCGCAAAACAUGACAAAUGAAUUUCUAAGUCGCGACGCCCCCUUGACUCGCCCCCCUGACACCCACCUCCCCCCACACGCACACAGACCACAUGUGGUUUUCAUUUUAAAUGUCACCCAGCCGCCGCCCCAAACCCAAAACCCAAUCCCUCGACUAUGUUUUACUGUUGUACCACGUUCUACGUUUUUUUUUAAUAAUUGUAAUCUAUAUACUUUUUUGUAAUUGUGUGUAAUGUAAUGUUUAGUUUUAUGUUAUUGUCUCGCUUUAUGUUGUAAGUGUUCCCUGCACACGCAAAGCAGUAACCCCACCACCACCCCAAACCCCAAAACCCAGGCAUAUUUAUGUAGUAGUAUUUUAAGAAUCCCCGAACCGGUAGUUGAGGAUACAAUCUGGGCGGAACUGCAGCAGAUCCGCCAAAAAAAAACACAUUUUUAAGCAGAAUCGCAGCAACAAAAUGAUAACCCCCGUUCCCUGUUCCAAACCGCUUGAAUUUGGCGGAAUUGGCAUUAAUAGUAUUUCACUUUCUUGAAAAUAUUCGCUUUAGAUGAGAAAAUUGACUUGUGACAAAUAUUUACAUGUAUUGCGCUGGUUACAAACCACAAAAGUUGUUUAACUUUAAAUUUUACGAAUCGCAUGUUUGAAAAUAGUUGUAGUUUCCCAUUUGGGAAUCAUUGAAAUAUCCAUUUAUAAAGGGAAAUCUAGUUCUGGCACGUUCAAUUUGAAUCGGUUAAUUUCUAAUCUAGUUGGCGAAAAAGUGAAGAAAAGUGAAGUCCACCUCCUCCAAAUUCAACUUGAAACGGAAACGAGUUACCGGUUGGAGUGCAAAUAAAGUUUUUAGUGUAGUAAGUGUUGACAAAAUCGAUAGAGAAGAAAUUAGCGGAGUAACUGAGGCAGUAAGCACGUAACGAUAAUGAUACAAAAAGCGUUGAUUGUGAUUCGAGUGACAGCGAGAACAGAAACUGAAACAGUAACAGUAACAGAUGAGAACAGAUGCGAAUGAGAUCAGAACAGAACAGAACAGCGGAGACGCCAACCGAACAGAACAUAAAUGAACAGAAGAGAACAGAUUAGAGGUAAAAGAAAAAGCUAAGAAGCGCUUAAGCGUGUCGUCCCUAGAAUAAGAAAACUAAUAUUACAGCUCGACAGAUCCAGAUUCAGAUCCAGAUCUAUAUCUCUAGCAGCCAAUUUCUGAUUUCCCCUUCCCCCUUAGUUUUCCCAUUAAUUUAGUGAUUGUGUGUAUAUUUUUAAUUGUAUAUUGAAGAUUAUUUAUAGCGAUUGUCCAUUGUGUUACAUUUCAAAUGAUCGAAAGAAUUGUAUUUAGAAAUUUUGUACUUUAGAAAUUAUGCAUUAAUUGUGUGUCUGUGUCUCUCUACCCAGUCUCCCUAUCUCUGUCUCUCUCUCUCUCCCUCACCCUCUCUGUCUAUGCACGAGUGUUUUUAACUAAGUUUAUUAUUUCAACGCUGAAGCGUAAUCAAACUAUAUAUGCAAUAUUUAAGCACAGUACCUUGGGCGCUGCAAAGAAAUUAAAAAAUUUUAAAUAAAAACAAACUGCUAAAUCAUAAAUACAAAAUAUAUACAGGAAGGAAUAACUCAAAAUCGGCAGCAGCGAAAUGUAAAUCAAUUAGAUUAUUGUGCAAAUUUGAGUAAUAUAUUUAAAACAUACCCUUAUUUUAUCUUAUUUAACUUUAUGCUUUUGUAAGUGCUUUAAAUUGUUAUUCAUCUUGAUCUUGCGAAAAAAAAGAAAAAACCACAAAACUGAAAAACGAAUACAAAACUAAAAAACAACAAAAAUUAUAUUUGUAUUUAUACAGAAAAAUAAAACAUUUUAUAUGCGAUACACGAAAGCACAUUAUUUUUUAUUUUCCCCGCAUGUUUGUUGAACGCUUUUCCCUUUUUGGUUCUCAACUCCAGUUAAGUUACCACACAUCACCAACGAACUGAAAGAAACCCGAACACUUUGGAACAUAGCCUUAUAUAAAACGCCUCGACGACCAAGACGGAAAGUUGAAUCACACCACGGAGAAGAGGGAGUCACCUCCCGUCUCCCAGUUAGAACAAUAAGUAAUCAUGUGUUCACCCCCACCACCCACUCGAAUCUAAACUGACCCCUGACCUUCCACCAAAGACACCAGAAUAAUAAUAUUCGAAUGUCUUUGCUUCCACCCACCAUCUGAGCACUAGCGGGUGAUCCCGAUCGGACGACAAACGUGUGUGUAAGUGCGUGAUCUAGUACUUUAUAUAGUUAGCCUAUAAUACGAUUAUUCAAAUGGAAUACGUCGAAGCCUGGCUUCGACUGGGCGGCGACCUAGUGGCCCCCAAAAAACGAAGGUGAAUCCGAAUAUGAAUCCCACUGGGGAUACGAUAUGUUUUGAUCUUGGAGCGCGGGUCCCCAAAGUCCCGCGCUUCUUGUGUUGAAUUUUUAUAGCAUAUAGACAGAGGUGGAUAUCGGAUAUGGAUAUUGAAGAACGCAGUCCAAUGGAGCAGCCGGCGGAGGGAGAGAUGAAUGCCAAAGCACAAAAGCCAACAGCAACAAAACACCAAUAGGCCUCAUCGCAGUCAUUUGACCACAAAUCUCACAAACAACGAUGUUAUAAUCAAUAAGAACGAACCAAAAUCAAAAUAACGACGUGAAUAUUGAGGGAGGGAUCGAUGGAGACCCAAACACCAAAAAAAAAAAAAACAAGAGCAAGGAAACGCUUUAAACUUAAAUAAUUCUAAAAUUGUAUCUAGGCAAUAUCGAAAUGUAAUACAUACACCAACUAUCCAUAGUAGACAAACAAACACCAAGAAGAAAUUGCUUGAGUGACUUACUUUAGAUAACGAUAUUCUCGGGUAGGACCUCGAAACCCCAGCAACCGUAGCCUCGGACCUCAACCGAUUUCCCCGUGCCCCCGACCCGAAUCCAACCCAACGUCCCCUCCUCCAGUACGUCUAUAAGCUAACCACGCGAUCCAACCUCAACCCGUGUUCAUAAUCCGAUGAGAAGUUGUUCGAUUUUUAGUGAAACCUCGGUGCGGUUUCGAUGUUGCAAGAAUUAAAACCAAAUAGAGACGACGUUUUCUUUGUUCAAAUGUUGCCAAUUUGCAAAAUACAAGUGUUACACUACCAUAUAGCAUAUGGAGUAUGAAUAAUAUAUAUUUAGAUGCGAAAUACAGCUCGGUACUCAGCUCAGUAGCAUUUUCAUUGAGCCCAAAACGAGACGGCGAGGCAAACGUUUAUGUAUGCAUCAGUAUACAAGGAGCGGCUGAGAGGUAGUUCUCCUCCUGCCAUAUAAAAUAUUAAUCGACCUAAACGCAUUAGACAUCCGUGUAGAAUACUGCGAUUUGAUUGGAACUAUAGAUAACAAUCCAGAACAAAUGGUAAACGAGCCCACGACGAAACGCGAUUGACGCAAUAAACAAUGUUUUCGUAGCUCUAGAUCGUAAGAUAAACAAAUUGAUGAAACGCAACAAAACGAUCGAGACAAAAAUCGAGACAAAAGGCAACACCAAAUAAAUUGUAGACAAAACCAAAGUCGUUGUAAUGUUGAAGCAAAUCUAUAUGUAAAUCAAUCUGCAAGCGCUAACUAAACGUAAC